AUGCCUAGACAACCAGCUGAACAAGUUAUAACUGAAUGGAUAAAUCGAGAUUGGUAUCAAAAUAAAGAUAAAACAUUAUCAACUAAUGUUCUUGAAAAAUAUAUGAAAGCUAUUUUGGAAGUAGCAGGUGCUGAUGGUGUAAUUACUGAUGCAGAAAGAAAAUGGGUUUUAGGUUUAGCUGCAGCACAUGGUAUUGGAAAAGAUGAAAUUGAUGCUCUUAAAAGUUAUAAAUUAGGUUCGGAAGAUGCAACAUCUAUUUUUAAUAAUGAUAGUAAAUUAAAAACUGCUGAACAUUACCAAAAUGAAUUGAUUUAUAAUGGACUUCGAGCAGCAGCUGCUGAUGGUGUUUUAAAACAACGAGAAAUUGAUGGUAUAUCUGCAUUAGCUAAAAAACUUGGUAUAACUGAUGAGAAAUUUCAAGAAAUACUUGCAUUUUAUAAAGAAGAAGAAGAAGAACGACAAAAACGAAUUGCAUUACUUUUUCCUACUAAAGCAUAUGGUGACACUAUUAAAGCAAUUGAUACACAUUAUGCAAAAUGA